AAACAAGAAGGCAAAAUCUAGGCCUAAUAAGAGUGAUAAUAACUCUUAACGACUGCAAUCAGUUAUUUUAUUAAAAUUAUUAUAAUUAAUAAUUCUUACAAUUUGAGGGAAUGGCUUCCAGCAGCAGCAGCCUUCCAACUGUUCGCAGUAAUAACGAGCCGGAACACUCCACGGGGGGUACUGCUAAGAGGAAGAUGGAGACGGGGAAAGAGCUAGAGGAGCUGAGACGAGUACAAGUAGCCAACGAGGGAAUGAGACUACUACUGAACUCAAGAUUGAGAGAGGCAGAAGAGUUGUUCAAAGCAUCGAAGAUGCAGGGACCUCAGUUACAUGCUGGUUAUAGCUUUGUGUCAUUAGUGAAAGCUUUCAUGUCGUUUGAAGAAGAUGACUUAGACAAUGCUUACAAGCUCCUUGAAUCAACUGAAAAAUUCUGCGAUCCUUCGAGAGGUUUCUCCUUUGUCAAGUCCAGCUCCGCCCGUCCUAAUUCACCGAUCACUCAACACGAGAGACUCUACAGGCGCUCCAUAAUUGCCGACUGCCUCUUGUUUGAAGCCAUACUAGUCUUUCUAAAGCAGGGUCUUACUAGUUAUGUGAAAGGAGGGUACAUUUUACGUAAAGCAUGGAAGAUGUACGACAAACUAAACGUAGAAGUCGACCAACUAUGCACCACGCCUUCUCCGAUUUCUCUCGUCGAGCCUUCAGCAGUUGAUUCACAUGUGGGCGUGUCUCUUUACGACGGGGACAUGGGUGAGACAAACGGGGGUAGUGCCGGGGCUCAGCCUGAAAAAGGAGUAGUGGAUCCAUUGACAGCUAGUUUUUCAGGCCUUCUUGAUAUCGAGUCUGUAGUUGAGGAGCUUAACGAGGGCGGGGGAGACGAUGAAGACAGGGCCAGUGAUAAAGGAGGGACAGGUAUUGAGGAGGAACCUUCCUCAACAUCAAGUGGUGGAGCAGAUGAAGUGGAUAAUGAAUCAACAAGUUCUGGACCUACUGGCGCUAAGAAUGGAUACGAACUACCUGAAGUACCUGAGUCCUCUAUACAGGAUCUUGAUGAUGAUGAUGCUAGAUUGCGUGGUGGCCUUUACUUUGGGUUUGGCCUAAUGAAUGUCAUAGUUUCACUCAUACCACCCAAACUAAUGAAAGUGGCUAACUUGUUUGGAUUUCACGGGAGCAGGAAGAUAGGGCUCCAAGCACUUGAAUAUUCUAGCAAAAGUCAAGACAUGAAAGCUCCUUUGGCUAGGUUGGCAUUGCUCUGGUAUCACACUAUAAUCAGACCAUUCUUUGCUUUGGAUGGUGAGCAAGAAGAUGCAGGUGUUAGUGAAUCUUUGAGAUUACUAAAAGAAGCAGAUACUCUUUAUCCUGACUCAGCGUUUUUCCUAUUCUUUAAAGGGAAAGUACAUUACCUAAAGUCUGAAUUGAGUCAGGCUCUUGAGGUGUACAGUGCAGCUGCUCUGCUGUCAAGGGAACAGAGAGAGAUUGAGCACAUCUGCCUCUUUGAGAAAGGAUGGAUACACAUGCUUAACUUGGAGCUUGAUGAGGCACUCCCUAUCUUUAUCAGAUUAAAGACUGAGACCAGGUGGUCCGCCUGUUAUUAUGCUUAUCUUGCCGCCAUCAUGGCCGGAGUGAAGGGAGACUUGAAGCAGUCUCGUGAGCUCUUCCUCCAGUGCGGGAAACUAGUCAAGAGAAAGAACAAUAAUUUGGAGAAGUUCUGCUCGAGGAGAGCCAGUGUAUAUAAAAAUGGGCAAAGUCCUUUAAUGAGUAUAGAAGUGACGCUAAUGUUAGUCGAAGUCCUUUAUCUGUGGAGGGCGCUUCCUUUCUGCUCAAAGGAGACCAAACUACGUCUGCUUGACAUGGUCGAGCGUGCUCACUCUUCAAACGGGAUCCCCUUUCACUUUGGACUCAGGGAGUUGUUAAAAGGAUGCGUACUAGUGUCACUGGAUCGGUUUAGAGAUGCUGAGAAAUGCUUCCAAGAAGCUGCAAAGUUUGAGAAAGUUAUAAAACAUGACAAGCACAUCAUGUCUUUUGCUCUGUACGAGUUAGGAGUUAUUCACAUCAACAGAGAUGAGUAUGCUCAAGCCAGACUCUUGUUUACUCAUGCCAAGGAUACUUUCUCAGGAUACGAGUUUGAAGCAAGGCUCAAUUUCAAGGUUCAUUCUGCCAUGGCUCUUGUGAGAUAAUGAGUGGGCGUGGCUAUCAAAUUGGUGUGUGCUGUAUUUAUUUUAAAUUUUGUGAUUGUUUUUACACAAAUCUGUAAAGCAAAACUUGUAUUAUUAUUAUUACUAUUAUUAUUAAUUUAUUAUUAUUAUUAUUACUAUUAUUAUUAUUAUUAUUAUUAUUAUUAUUAAUGACCACUGUAUAUUUCUUACAUUGAUUUUUGCAUGCAAAA